AUGAUGGAUACCCAGAAGACUACAAAUGGUUUGCAAGUGAUUGGAGAAGGGACUGGUAUAGGGAAAUCGACACUCCACAUGGUGGGGUAUUUGGGAAAAAACUGUAAUCCAGUGGAAACAACUGCACAUGAGUACUGUCCAGUCUGCAAAGAGAAGGGUCAGAAUCAAGUUUUACGAACUUACCGCAUUAAUUUUCAAGAGUCUAUUUUUCUUUGUGAAAAUCCUCAGUGUAUCUACCCACUUGGUUAUAAACCAUUAAACAGCAUAAUUACUUCUGCUGAUUCAGGAAAUCAUCAAGUUCCAACUACACUUAAGAAAAAGAAAUUGUGUGAUAUCAGUGAUCUUCCUCCUGUUGAAUCACAUCCAAAAAAAUCAAGAACUAGUAAUGGGAAUGUUGAGCACCACGUUAAUGCAGACCUCGAUGUCAAAUGCUAUCAGGAUAGCUUAUGUGUUCCCAAGUCAAGCCUACAUGAUGUGUUACCAAAUGACCAGCAAAAGCCUAGUAACAGUGUGGAGUCCUGCAUGCAGAAGGUGGAUUUUGAUACUACUACUAAUACCAAGAGCUACCAAGAGAGUUUGCCUAAGACUUCUGGAACACAACUCUUGCCAAAUUCUGAACUUUGCUCAACAACAUCUGAAACUUUGCUCAAAGGUGAUAAAGGUUCCACUAAUAACACAGAUUUAUGUCUUCAGUGGAGAAAUAUGCAUAAUCUGUGUUGGUUGGAUUGUAUUUUGUCAGCAUUGGUACACUUAGAAACCUUAAAAGUUGCUCUAGCAGAAGAAUAUAACAGUGGGAAAUGUUUACUCCAAGAACUGCUGGCGAAAUAUAAUCAAGCAGCUGUGCUUCUGAAUUCCUGUAAAAGGAGUAAAGUAAAAGAUGUUCUUCCAAAAGCAGAGUCUCAUCUGAAUGAAAUCAGAACCAGAAUGUUUACACAACUUCAGCCUCAGUUUAAGUGUGAACUGGGUAAGAAGGAGAGUCCGGUGUUUGCACUCCCUCUACUCCUACGACUGGAUCAACAAGCUGAGAAACUAUUCUUGCAUUCAUUUUCAUGGAAGUUUGAAUGUGUAUCUUGUGGCUACAAAUACCAGGACCGAUGUAGGAAAACACUAACAACAUUCACAAAUGUAAUCCCUGAUUGGCAUCCACGUAAUGCUGUUCACGUUGGACCAUGUAAUAACUGUGGUGAUAGAUCUCAAAGGAGACAGAUGAUUUUGGAAAAAGUACCCUCAAUAUUAAUGUUCCAUUUCGUAGAAGGCUUGCCACAUAACAACCUGAAGAACUAUUCAUUUCAGUUUGAAGAAGACACCUACCAUAUAACAUCUAUUGUUCAGUAUCUAACAGAUAAGCACUUCAUAACCUGGUCUUUGAAUCCUGAUGGAACUUGGCUUGAAUGUGAUGAUUUAAAGGGGCCGUACUGCAAGAGACGUCAAAGAUUUGAAGUUCCUCCUUCAGAGAUUCAUAUUGUAAUCUGGGAAAAGAAAAUAACCCAUGUGCCAGAAGAACAGAAUUCACGGUUCCAGAGUAAAAAUAUUGCAGAUUUUCCUCUUAAUAAUGUACAGUUGAAUUCUACAGUGUUGCACUGUGGUUUUGAUAACACUGUAGACAAAAUACCUGCAGAACAUCACAAAGAGGAUUCUGUGAGAACUCCAGAUAAGAAACAGCAGCAGGUAGCUGAAGAUGAAGCUAUUGUUUAUCAUGGUUCAGAAAAUCUGGCACGUGAUGAUCUUGUAACACUGAUGCUUGAAGAAAUUGAAGUUAACUCAGAAGGUGAAUCGCUGCAGAAUGGACAGAUGGUGGGAAAUAACCUUUUUGUUGAAAUGGGCACACCACAACAGCAGGAAACAGGUUUUUCACCUGACCCUCCCUAUACAGGAGAGUUUGCUGGAACUGGUCUAGCUAUGAAGAAUAAAUGCACGAUAUAUGAAAAUUCCAUCAUUUGCUUACCUCAAGAAGAGUUAACCCUAGUAAAUAUUACCCCUCCUGUGCCCCAAAACCACAGUCCUGACCUAUCUGACUUACCACUUGCUCAAAGAGCAGAUGAUAGAGCUAAUUUACCUAGCAGACAACAUGGAUUAAAUUCAGAACUACAGCUAAACAAGAAAUUGUCACCAGUAGAGAAUAUUAUACAGAGAUCACCUGAAUUGAAAGAUGCAAGUAAAAUUGUAGUUAAUUCUCAGGUUGCAAAUUCUUCUCCUGCCAAUAAUUCCUUUCAGCCUUUGCACAAAGACCAAAAAAGAGGAUUUGUAGGAAGCUGGGUGAAGAAAUUAUUAAGCAAGAAUACUUCUUUUAUGCCUUCAAGUGCCUCAGCUCUCAAGAAUGAGAAAAGUUGCAAAACUCCCUCAAUGCAAAAAAUAAGUGAAGUGCGGUUGCCAGUGAAGGGAGCGAGUAACUUUGGUGGAUUUCAAAGCAGAAGUGCAAACAAAACAACUGAGACCCCAAAGUCAGCAGUUCCUCAGAGGAAUAGUAUGCAUCCUUUAUCAAAUUUCAAAGGGUUUUCUCAGAGCACUUGUCUUCCAACAGCAAAUCAUACCACUAUUGCAGGUCCAACGCAGAGUAAGUCAGGAAGUGUGCCGAGUCCCUCAGGUAAAGUGACUGGGUUCCAGUCACCGAGCUGUAACUCUGGGAAGGCAGAGGAGUCAGAUAGUGAAAAAACAAAAAAACUUCGUCUCAAACUGUUAAAAAAGCUUAAUGCUAAAAAGAAGAAGUUGGCUUCACUGGACAGGCUAGCAGUGGAACAGCUGAGACAGGAAAAGCCUGUGAGUGGAGCUGGAAACCCCGCGCCGCAGAGCGAGUGCCAGGAUGCGGGUGAGCUGAUGCAGAGCUUUCUGAGGGAGCUGCAGUACCACAUGGGGGUCGCAGACACGAGCUCCGCGUCGGGGUGCGCUGCCCCGGGCAGCACGGAUGAGAUACUGUCAGAACUGCUCUCCCCUACUUCGACGGUCGCUUCCUUAGAGGCUCCAAAAAGUGAAGAGGAAUGUAUGUAUAUGGAGAUGGUGGAUAGCUGUGUUGCAACAGCCGCGCCUGAUGAGAUGACCAGUGUGCCACAGGCAGAAAGGACAAGCAAGGACCACAGCUAUUACAGCCCUGUAAAGGACAGUAACUCAGAACUCCAUACAAUCAGCAAACCCAGUGUGAAAAAGCUUCCUUUUGAAAGCCCGACAAGGGACGAUAUCCUUGAAGACCUGUUCUCCAUUUCAGCACCAAGCUCAAUGGCAGGUGACAUUGAUUUACCUCAUUUUGAUGAAACUCUGUUUGAAACUUGGUAA